AUGCCUUCCAUACUGCUUCUUAUCCAUCCCACGGUUGUCACGGAGCCUGAACGGGUCGAGCAGACCAAAAGGCACCUGAUAGCAUCAAACCCCGAGGCCGACCUGGUCCAGCAUGUGGUAGACCGCGUGGCUCUGGGCCAGCAGACGCUGGACGCCAACACUUACAAGCUAAUUCAUUAUCUUGCGCCCGAGGAGGCCAAACAGAACAAAUUCACGUCAGGCUUGAUUGCUCAGUUGUACGACUCGCUUGUACCAGGGGGCCAGUUCACGGGUCUGAUCCCUGCGGAUUGUGCUCUGGAGGCCAUCAUGGCGGGCUUUGUGAUUGCCGACGACGAAAAGAGCUGGCAGAAGCCGCAAUCGACGAAGCCUGUGCCGGUUGCCGUGCCCCUCAAGUCGCGGAACCAGAAUAAAUCGCCAACGAGAAGAUUGCCGCUUUUCAAGAAACUUGCGUCGCCUCCGACGCUCACAGACUCGUCCGAGCUUGACGAGGACGACAGCGACGGCGUGGAGCAGAGCAGACUGAAGGAGACGAAGCUGGUGUUCUUCGAGGACUCGGAGUCUGAGACCGAGGUCGGCGACUCAUACAUCGACGAGAACGAGCUGCUAAAAAGCGCAGACCUCGGCCUGAACGAGAACCUGGUGACGCCCGUGCAGUGCACCACGACGGGCAAAAAGAGACGGAAGGCCUGCAAAGACUGCACGUGUGGCCUCAGAGAGAAAGAGGAGGAGGAGGAGCGCAACCAGCGGUCUGUGCAGGACAGCAUUCUGAGCAAGAUGGCGCGCUCGGCGACAGACGAGGCGAUCCAGAUCGAGCAGCGGCUGCAGGCCAAGCGGGACGAGGCCAGACGCAAGCUGGGCGAGAAAAUUAAGUUUUCGGACACAGACAUGACAGAGGUCGAUUUCACGAUCGAGGGAAAGACCGGCGGAUGCAACUCGUGUGCUCUGGGCGACGCGUUCAGGUGCGACGGGUGUCCGUUCCUGGGGCUUCCGGCGUUCAAGCCCGGCCAAGUGGUCACGCUCGACUCGUUUGGCGAGGACAUUUAA